AUGGGAAUCGCUGGGUGGAGCCUGAGGGUCUCUUUGACGAUCGCCUGGAGAAAGGGCAGGUUUGGAAUGUCCGACUCUUCCACCAACCUGGAUACCCCGACCACCGAGUCGAUCUCUCGCCUUGCAUUCUGCAGGACGGCCGGGUUGUUUAUCAGCUCCGCCAAGGCCCAUUCCAUUGUUACAGACGUCGUGUCCGUGCCGGCCAUGAACAGAUCCUGUUUAGAGCGGGAGUAAAAGCCAAAGAAAGCGCAACGUGAAACCCAGUUGCGCGGAGGACCGUAAAAUGUCGAUGGAAAAUGGAAGAAGAUGGUGAGGAUGGAGUUGUCGUAGUUACGUGAAUGAAGCCCUUGAUGUUAUCUCUCGUGAGCCUCAUCUUCGCACCCUCGUCUUCCGCUAUGUCCAGUAGUACGCGAAGGAGAUACCGGACAGCGCCGUCGGCCCCUAUCUUGCCAGACUCCUUUGUCCUUAGGACCUCCUCCUCGAGGAUUCGCUCCAUCAGACUGUCGAAUCUGCGAUGCACGUUUUCGUACCUUGCUUUGAGGUGUUGCAGAUCGAGCUUCUUACAGAUUCCCACGAAGUCCGAUACGUUGGGCGUGCCCAUGACCUCCAUCGUCUCCUUCACAAUCCUCCUGACUUGCUCGGCCUCGCCGUCCGUACCGGAGCACCUCCUACCCAUAGUCAUCCCGCAGAUGACGUUGUUAGUGAGUCUUGUGAGCUCCGCCCCGACGUCCACCUCCUCUCGCCUCUCCGCCUUCUGGCGCAGCAUCUCCAGGAACCUUCCUAUCUCGUCUUGCCUGACCCACUGUAGCUGCACCAACCUCCGACCACCCAGCAACUCGGACAAGCACAGCUUCUUCAUGAACCACCAGUAAUCGCUGUACGGAGCGAAGAGGAAGCUAUCGCCCCCGUAGGUCAGGUGAGUGAUAGCUUCGGAGCUUGGCCUGUCGGGAAAGCUGUGUUCGUGGUCCCUGAGAAGCUCUCUGGCUGUGGCUGCGUCCGAGGCCACGAGCAACGGGACGGAGCCCAGCCGGAUAUGGAACAGAGGACCGAGGCCUGUGGAGAGCUUGUGAAGGGACUGGUGGACGUUGGAGCCGAUUAAGUGAAGGUGCCCGAGGAGCGGAAAGGCCAUGGGGCUGGGGGGGAGGAUAGGCUUGAUUUGGUGGUAUGCAAAGAGCUUCAUGAUGAAGAGGGAGAAGAAGCCCAGGAGGACGGCGGUAGCCCAGGAUCGCAGGUCCUCCAUUAUGGGGAAAGAUGGUGGAGCUCGGACGAAACCGGAUGUUAGCACCUGGGCUCUAGGUUUGCUGUUGCAUCAAGGCGUGAUUUAUGGAGCUUCGUCAUGCACAGUUUUCUCUGGGGAAAUUGAAGGGCGGGUAUCUUGUCGACGGAAAACCGAUGACUGACCGAAUUUUCAAAACAUUUGCAACAUGUGGUUAGGAAUAGAGUAUGGGUCUAAGGCCGGACUGAGACACAGAUGCUUCACCCUCUUCUGA